CUGCCUGGCUGCUUUGGGCAAUAGGUAAACAGAGCCGACGGGCUGGAACAGAGCUCGCUUCCCCAGAGCACUCUUUUGCUGAAGCCUCUUCAGCUCUGCUCUCUGGAAACAGCUCUGUUCACUAAACAAGCAUCACCACCACCACCACCAUCACACAAUUGAUCCAGCACUGCCCACCAUGGACUUGGUUUCCAGACCAUACUUCUCGCCCAACUCGGAUGGCCCUAGAGUUCCCUCCUCUGGCUCCUUCUCGUCCCCUGUGCUGACUCCCACAAAGAUCAAAAAGUCGUCCUCUGGUGAAAGCACCUCCUCCAAUGUCCUCCCCUUGACUCCCAAGCACCAAAUCACCCUGAAGAAGAACUCCUCCAGUUCAACGCCAUUGUCCUACAAGACACUCACCCCUUCGUUCAAACAGCUUUCUGAACUAAGCGAGAUGAUAGACUCCUACGACUCCAACUCCAUUAGUCGAAACAGCUCUACUAAACUGACCACUGCUCAGGAAAAUGCUGAUUCUCUUCCCAAUGCAGUUUCUGGUACACUUUCCAAUAAAAUUACACAUCCUAAUACAAGUCCUAAUCCUAAUUUCAAUUCCAAUUCUAAUUAUAACCCAAAAAACAUAAACAAUCUAGUCCUCGACAAACCCAAUGACAAAAUCAACGAGAAAAUCAGCGAUGACCCAAAAUUAGCUGAUCCUUCAUCUCAAACUCCCCAAACUGACCAUUCUUUCUUUCACGAUAUCCAAAGACAACGUCAAAAUAUAGGCUCUCCAACUCUCUCAGUUGGUAACGACAGCUUUAAAAAGAGAAACAGCAUCGUCAGCUCAAGACACUCUUUCGUAUCCCAAUAUUCUGGCCAAAUCGUUGAAGGUGUCCCCAUAAAGUAUCAUCCUGCUGGCAAUAGCCUCCUAGCUGAAUACACACAUUUCUAUAACAAAGAUUUGAAUAAUUCCUAUCUUAGUAACAUCAUUAACAAUAACAUAAACAAUAACAAUAACAAUAACAAUACAAAUACAAUCACAAACCACUCUAAUUCCACUAACAGACAAGCAACAAUCGAUAGAACAAUGUCUCUAAGAUCAAACCCAAGGGUAUCCAAGCUAAUUAAUACUUCCCAUUCUCGUUCUCACUCUGAUUCAAACAUUGAAAAAAAUUCUGCUUCUCCUUCAAGACCUUCUUCUGAUUCCUUCAACUUUGAAAAAAAAUCUCCUUUAAAACCCUCCUUCCAACCAGCCUUAGACAAAAACAACCCUAAUAUCCCUACCAAUUACAGUAAUAAUAAUAAUAUUAUUAAUAGAGAUAACAACAUCAAUAACCAAAAUAAUCAACCUCCAACCAAUAAAUCUUCUUCUUUUGGUACCCUCGAUAAAAAUGACCUCAACCACAAGCCUUCAAAUAUAAUAACUGUUGAAAACACUCUUGACGAUGAAAUAUCCUCUUCUGCCUCUGCUUCUCUCUCUCUAUCAAUAAAUACUGAUUCUCAAGACCAAAUGUCUAACAUCAUCAUAUCAAACCCAGCAAUCAAAACCGUAAAUUCAAAUAUCAACCAAGUUGAAUCAAUCAAAUCUUUCAAAGGCAGCAUCUACGAUCUAGAAAACUAUAACGAAUCUCCAAUCACUCCAAGUUUUACCUUUCCAAACCCACAUGUUCAAUCAAAUUUAAGAUACUCAACCUCUAAUUCAAACAACAAUAACACCACCGCCAACAAUAACAACAACAACAACAACAACAACAACAUUCCUACCCAAUUUAUAAACCCAACACAAAGAAGAUCCUCCCACUCAAGACAACAAAGUCUAGUCAAUAGCAUCCCUGAAGAACCUGAUGUAGAAUCUGUAUACUCUUUAGAAACUAAACCAAACUUUCCCCUAAGAUUAAACAGUGUUCAAUACCAAAACAACAAUUCAACUCACUCAGUUCCAACUUCAAAACUCGUCAACUCUUAUACUCACAAGAGAAACAACUCAAACCCUCAACAAAGAUUCCCUGAUAGAACAGACAUCACUGAACUAAAUUCUCCAGUUCCACCAAGAUCUGAUAAAAGACCAAAAAGCUUCAUUCUAGGCUCUCAAAAUGAUACAAACUCAAUCACCUCUUCUUUCGAUAACAUCAACCCAAAUACAACCUCUUCCACAAUCAGAAACUCUUCUCAAAAUUUAGGCAGACCCUUACCAAAUAUCCCAACCGCCAAUAAUAAUUUAUCUGACGCAAUCUUGAAAAAAUUGAAAAAUGAUGAUUCUUACAAUCAACUGAAAAACCCGAACUCAAUUUUAAAUACUAGUAUCUCAAAUGAUCAGGACUUAUCUACUUUUAUUAGUGAAUUAAAAGCAUCAAAAGAAAUCAAAAAUAAACCACUAAACACUUCAUCUAGCUUAAAUAAUAUCAAUGACAGUAGAAGAACAAGUACUGCCACAACCAUAAAAGGCGACUCAUCUUCCAGAGUUCAAUCCAGAUCCCAAUCCAGAUCCCAAUCAAGAUCGGCUUCAAUUUCAACUGGAAAUCUAAUCGAUUCUUAUCCUCUCUCAAAGAACUCUCGUAAAUCUUCAAAUGCUGAAUUUUACUCUCCCGAAUCAAGUCCCAUAAAACAUGAAUUUGAGUCCGACAGUAUAAUUGAAACUUUUAGAGAUGUAAACAAUAACGAAAGAAAAAUAUCCUUUGCUGUUCCCCAAAAGACUAAUCCUACAGAUACAAAAAUUGAUUCUCCAAAUGACGAUAACUUGGGUUUAAAGAAUAUCUCAGACCACCAUAAAACUUUAUCCAAUGCUACUGUUUCUUCAAUGGCCUCUUAUAAGACUGCUGAUACUGAAAAUCCCAUCAAGACUGAACCAAAAGAUGAUGAGCUUGCAAAUUUGACUUCAAAUACAAAACCAAUUUCUACUUCAAGCCCCAAAACUAAACCCUCUACAUCUCGAGGAAAAAAUUCAAGGCCAUUGCCUAUUCCAAUUGUGAAAACUGAAAGUCCAGAAAAAAAAUUGGAAAAUCUUACCAUUAAAGACGAUGGAAGCGACUCAGAACUUCGAAAUUCUUCAAGUUUACAAGAUUUAACUGAUGCACUUAAUGAACAAUUGAAAGAACAAGAAGAAAUGAUCGCUAAUAUUAAUAAUGAAAAUAAACCUCAAACAAAUGAUGAAAAUGAUUCAGAUCUUCAAAUAUUAGAUGUAGUUGAUUUAAAAGAGAAAAAAAAUCUUAAAGCUCCCAAAAAAACUAAAAAAGGCAAAUCAGCCAAAAGGCAGGUUAAAAAGAAGUUGCAUCAAAGAGAAAGUAAAGAAAAAAUUAGACCAUUUUCAUAUUCUACCUUAGCCAGAUUAUUGGAUGCUACGGAGGGAACAAUGAUUGGAAAAGAAUUUUCAGGAUUAGAUCUACCAUUAAAUGAAAAGAAAUUAUUAGAAAAAAUCGUUGAUGCAUUAUCCAAAUUAACAGCAGAUAUGAUCGCUGAUCCUGAUAGAUAUGAUGAAGGAAUUAGAAGAUUAAGUAAUGCUUUAAGAGCAUUAGAAGGUUUUAUUUAAAUUUAAAUUUUACCAAAAUUUUGAAAUAUUAUAGAUUAAUUUUUUUUUUUAAAAUAGUCAUCAGUGUUGUGUUGUGUCGUGUUUUAUUUAUUCGUUAAAUUCCAUUCUUUUUGAUUUUUGUAAUUUUUGAUUUUUUCAGUUAUAUUUUUUUUUUCUUGGACCAGACUUGAUUCGAUCCGAUUGGAUUGAAUUUUAUUUCAAUUUUAUUCAU